AUGAAAGGAACCCAGAAUGGACUAUUUAGGUUGGCCUUAUGCGGCUUGAACUCUGGCAAAGUGGGCGCUCACCUUCGCGUAUUCGUCCCAGCAGGAACAAGGGAUAGUGUAACAUUUUCUUUUAGGACCCUUCCUAUUCCACGACGAUCUGACAUCCCUGCUGCAUUGUAUAUGUCAUGGUUGGAGAUGAUAAGUCGGGACUUGCCUCCGACACUUUUUGUUCGAGGGAACCGUACCUCAGUGCUGAGCUAUUUUGACUGA